UUGCGCGUAUGUGAACUCCUGACGGCGAUGCCCUGCCUUGUGCUAAAUUAACAGUUUUGUGUAUUGUUUGUUGUUAUUAACCUAAAAUCUAUUUCUUCAACUGAAAAAUGAGACGCAAAGUAUUGUUAGUGCGCGCCCAGUGCCAGAUGACGGAUUACUAGUUCUGUUCUGUAGAGAAUAACCUCAUUUUGGGUUCAAAACGAGGGGAGUAGCAGUAUGGUAAAUAGCGGAUCGUUUGGAUCAGAUCGAAAUGGAAACACAACAGCUAGUUGUAUGCAAACAAUUGGGUUUCACAGUAAAACAUCACCAAGUCCACUUACUGCCAGCAGUGCAAUUCAAAUGAAACAUGAUUUUACGGAAGUACUUGGAACCAGGGAGUCCUGUGGGAUACAGACUGCUGUACCGACAUCAUCUGAAAACGACUUUAAUGACCAUAUAGAAGAAAAUGGUGACUAUGACUUCACGCAGUGUGUAAAUGACUUGGAGUCUCAUAGAACGAAGAAAAGUAUAUUCUGCAGUUUACCAUUAGACAAAGUACAAACAAUAUUAUCUAUGUAUACAUCCUCUGAGACAGACGAAAACAAAAUGAAAGUUUUUCGUAAGGUCUUGUGUCUAUACUGUGACCGAACAUUUGUUAAUGUCAACUUACGUCAGAAACAUGUCGAGAGGUGCCACUCGUCCAAGCAAUUACGACGUGUGAGUUUGAGAAAACAUCAGAACUUGUUUACAUGUACACCGUGUAUUUAUUGUGAUAAAUUUACAUUCACAGAGCGUACUUUAAAAGAUCUUUUCAAACAUUUGGUAGAAAAUCAUGCUAAUAAGUAUUUUGGCUGUUUAUCAUGUGAAAUGAGAUUCGUUAAUUUUUCCCAUCUUACGGAUCACAACGUUCUGCAUCAUAAGCUCGUCGUCGCCACUGAAGAAUUGUCUACGAAUUGUGAAAAUUUAUUUGAUUCUUUUAACUCGCCUUCGUAUGUAGAAGUGGAAGAAAAUCGAAAAGAAAUACUUGGUACGACAACUAGUAAAAAACAGAAAGUGAACAAGAGUAAAGUAAUUCUUGGAAAAAUUAAAAAUGGAGGGUUCAGUAUUGAAGAUUCAAAUAAAACAUACAACAUAAAAAAUUUUCGAACUAAAAAAAUAUCGGUUAAAAGUUCACGAAUGAUAUUAAAGAGGAGUAAACGGCUACAGGCCAAAUUAAACAGUACAGGCAAGAAACAACGCACAAAAAAUUAUAACGAAAAGAAGAAAAAUGAUCGGUUAGAACAGCCAUUUACUUCGAAAUUAAAUGAGAGGCCAAUUAAAUCAACAUCAAAUUUUGUAAAUCCAUAUCCAGAAUUUGAUAAUUUUUUUCAAGUUAAGAAAAUAACGGAUCAUUCCAUUGACAAUUUGAAAAUUAGCUCCCUCACCUUUGAUGAUGUAUUUGAUAAAGCUUUCUUUAAUAAAAUUAAAUGUAAUAUUCAAGAAAAUUUGUUACAUCAUAUUGAUGGUAAGUUAUUCAAAAAUGAAGAAUCGGAGAACAGAAUAUCAAAUUUUGAAAAAAUUUCAAACAUUCCUCAGGAAACACAAAAUUUAAAUACCGAAAAUUAUGGAUGCGAACUUUCGUUGAAUGCGGUUACACCAACUACUCUGCUUUUAUCUAAUCAACUGGGGGAUGAUCCUGAGUCACAAAUUGAAUAUGGUUCUAAGCCCUCUAAAAAGAAAACUCAGUUAAAAAAGGAUGAGGUUCAUUACAAAUAUUUCACACGUCGAAAGUACCAAGCAAGUAUCUUGGAGCACAAAGAAAAUAGAGAUCUUAGUAAACUGGAUAUGUGGACACAAUUCGUUAUUAAAAGUCGACAGCAAAAAAUAUUAGAUGAUAAAAGAAGUCCAAAAGAAAUUUUAGAUUAUUUUGCUGGUGAAGAAUACAAAAAUAUAAUGAAACGAGAAGAACUUAAUCGAAUUUUGGAUAGAAGGGGUCCUUUCGAAGACUUGCGCGAAGAGGUUAGCAAAAAGGCAGCAUUAGAUAAAUUAAAUGGUGACGAUAGUUCCUCGAAUGACGACCAUUUCACAGAAAUUGGAGAGUUAUUGAAUGACAUUUUAAAUAGAGUUUUUGAGUUAGCGAAACAUUCUUAUCCGUCAGUGAAAACGUUAUCAAAAAGUAUUAAUCAAUUUGAUGAAAACAUUGUUCCUGCAAUACCUAGCUAUCUAAAUUUACGACCUAGUACAGAUGUUAUACCUGAAGAUGAGAUCGAUCGAUCUGACAAAAUUGCCUUGAUUUGUUCAUCACAAGAGACUGAAAAUUUUGAACAUCCAAGCAAUACAGUGCGAGGGAAAAAUGAAAAAGUGGAACUUACAGGGGAAUGGGCAAGAUCAAGAAUAUUUGUUUGUGCCGCAUGUGGACUUAAACUCGAGAAUAUCAAACAAUUUUUGGAGCAUAAGAGUACCUCUCAUCAAUAUAUAUGGGUUCAACAUUAUGAAUUUGUUGGAAAUCAAAGUCAGUUGUACAAACACUUAAGUAUUCCUGUUUUAGGAAAAGUUGGAGUUUUAGAAAAUAUAGUGCAGUGCAAAGUGUGGAAAAGAAGCGACGCUAGAUCGUGUACUAAAUGUGACAAACUGUGCAAUAGUUUAACGGAAUUACAUAGACAUAUUUUGGAAUGCGGUGGUGAUUGGACUUGGAUGCUAGCAAGAAAGAAGUGUAAAUAUAGACCUUUUGGUGCUAAAUCAAGGAGGAAACGUAGAGGUCUCGUUAAACGAAUUUAUGCACAGAAGACCGAACCAUCGGAGAAAAAAAAAUACAAAAAGACGUAUCUGCCAAAACAAAAACCAAGUGAUGCAGACACAAUUAAACGAAUGUUGGCGAAUCUACCGCCAAAACGAGCAACACGCAGAAUCAUGUGUCUUAAGGAUGGUUUUAAUACUUCUAGAUCGAGACAAACAAAAGUCACCAAACAAUCAAAGUUCAAAUGUGGAAAAUUAAUUCGAGGAAGAGCAAAGGAACAAAAAAACGAUGUUGUUAAUGCAGAACAUGAGAAAACCCAAAAAUGUCAAACUAAUAAUUACAGACGAUCCUUAAGAUGUUUGAAUAAGGUUUUAAGCAGCCGAAUACUAGAUACGAAUACCUCAUUAAUUGUGAAAAGGAAAUGCAAUCGUAAAGUUAAAACCAGACAAAAGAAAAAGUCUGCUGUCUCUCAAGGCAACGGAGACGUUGCCAAUUCAGUAAACGAGGGGUGUAGAUUUAAAAGUUCUUCCAAAAAAGUAGCAAAAUCAAAUAAUGGGGAUAAAGUGCAAUAUAAUAAUGACAGACAAAUUAAGGAAAUAUUAAAAUUUAAACGAUCUUCUCCACGUAUCGAAAAAUUUAAUUCAUGUGUCGACAAAAUGAAUAUAAAGCAUUUUUUUCCCGUAAAGAAGAACAAGAAGAAUAUGGGUAGUGUGAAUCACAGCGUAAAAAUUAUUUGUCCAGAACUUGGGGAAAAUGAUUUUACAGAAGUAAAUAAAUCACAAAAUAAUAGAGCAAUGUCCUUGGCGAUUGAUAAUGGGCAGUUAAAUAAUAUUAAUUUAAGAAAAAGAAAAAUUCAAAAACAUGAAAGUAACAUCCCAAAACAAUUAAAAAAUGCCAAAUCUUUACGUAACAAAAAACGAAAGUUAAAGAAUAGUUCCGUAAGUACUGUCAGCGAAGCUAGUUUACAAGUGGAUAUACCUGAGUGCAUAACUAACAAGGGCAGUGGUCAAACCGAAAUAAGAGAUUUUUUCGAAAAGUGUCAAAUUGUGAAAGGUAGCGAUUCUCCAUCUUUUAAUAUGACAAAGUUAGUAGACGUUAAUAUUUCACAAAAAGAUCAAGGUACACGUAAGGACAAUCAGCAACCAAAUUCUAACAAAAAUAAAUGUACCAAUGAGUCCAUUUUACAAAAUACAUCUAUAGAACGGAUAACUGAAAGUGCAGAAGAUCGCAAGUCAUAUUUAAUUCAGUCGUUCAGAUCGAAAAAAAAAGUAAAGAAACCUGUUCGAGGUUUGAAUGACUGCAUAGCCAUGUUAACAAAUAAGUUGGGCAUUGGCAACACACAGAGUAUUAUUACUGAGGAAGUGCCGAGUCGACUGUGUUUAGAAAAUUCACAUGUUGAUCAAAGUAAUAGAUCCAAAUAUAUACUGAAGGUACCACUUUUUGAAGAAGAGUUUCAGUCACCUUCUAGUGACGAGCGCAAUGUUUCCCACACAAAUGAAAUUGAACAUUCCAGGUGCAAAUCAAUUGCUGUUAGUGAAAAGACUGUUCCCCUUAAAAUUGUUUCAUCAAAUGAAUUGCGUGAUUUGAACUCUCGUGGAGUGGAAAUCAGCGACAAUGGAUUCUCAAAGCUCGAAAAAAAUGCCGAAAACCAUAUAAAAGUUGCAAAUCAUAGAGUAAUUGAAGAAAAAUGUAUUAAUGAAAAUUCAACGAAUGCGGGAAAAGCGUUUAUAUGUGAUAUACAGAAUAAUUGCAGGCCGAGUUCAGACAUAACUUCUGACGGUUACAUAAUGGCAGAAGAAUCUGAAAAAAUGAUUGACAUCGCUUCAAACGAAGAGGACUUACAAUGUUUUGGCCACAUCCUUACUUGUGAAGAAAAAGAAAAGACAAAAGAAAUCUUGGAUUUAAAAGGUAUUCGCGACACCGAUUCCGAAGAUGAAAUACCUCUCUCUAGUCUAGUUUUAAAAAAUGACCAACAUGAUCGGAACUUAUUAACCAGUACGAACGAACAUAAAUUCAGUGAAUUUCAGGAAAUUUGCGAUGACGUAUUGAGCAGUAAUAAAAUACGCGGGUUAACAUUUAAAAUUUCAUCGGCUAAUGAAGCACUCAGAGAAGGUGUCGACACAAGCACACUUCAAAUUGAAACAAUUAAAACUCCUGUAGGGAUUGAAACAGAUAGAGACAACAAUGUUUUGAAAAUUGACAAUGAUUUAACUUUAGAUGAAGAUCAUUUAUGCAACAGGAAAAAUGUUGCAGUGUUGACUGAAAUUAGCGACAAUUUAUGUGAAUAUCCUAUGAGUCUGAAUGUUGGUAUCGCCAUACAUAUUGAAAAUAGCGUAGUUAAUAAUAGCAUCAAUCAUGAGAUAACAGGAAGUGAACCGUUUACAGUUUGUAGCACAUCACCCCACUAUACAGGGAAUGCUGUAAACUCUAAUUUUCUGAAAGGUUCCCAAAAGAAUGAAAAUGUUAUUUCUCUAGAUGCUAAAAACUGUAAUGAUCCGGAACCAAAAUUGGAAGAAUUUGACUAUAUUAGAAAGAGAAAUGUUGAUGCUGCUGCGUGGGAAGAUACAAUUAUUACAAAUGAUGCAUUAGGCAGUGAAACGUUGAGUAUUGUUAGUUGCGAUAUCGACAACAAACAUAGAAAAGAUUCUUCAGAAUACAAAGAAAAUUCAUUACGAUUACUGGAAGAAACUGGAGGGAAGCGAAAACACAAUAAGAAAUCGACAUUUACAAAUGAAGAACCCACUAAUAAUAAAUCGUCAAAAUUCCUCACCGAAUUUCACAUAAGAGAGACUGUUGUUGAACCACAAAAAAAUAGUAACAAUAAAAAAAGUUUCAUAAAUACGAAAACAAAAAUUUUGGGAUGUAUGGCUGAAGAUGUUUCAUUCGACUUAUCCGAAAAUAAAUUACGUAGCCAGAGUAAUUUAAAAAGUGGGCUUGAAAUUGAAAAUAUGAAUAAAAGUGUAUAUAGAGGAAAAGAUAUAUUUAAAAAAUCUAAUAAAAAGCAAAUAAAUGCUUCUGCACUCAAAUCCGGGCAACAACCAAUGGAACCCAGCACACUUUGUAAGGUCAUUAGAAUCAACGAUAACGAAGGCGGCUCUUUAAAAGAAUUAACUGAAAAUCACAGUCUCAAAAAAGUAACUGAAAUGGAUAAUCAAGAAAUGACAGUUGGUGAAGAUCUACACGCGGAUGGCAGCGGUGUCAAACAAUUGAGAAGAAGUUUGCGAAAUUCGAAAAAAGUAACUUGUUACAGUGAAACCGAUGUAGUAGAUUCAGUUCUCGACGAUUUGGACUGUGAUAGAAUUGACGAUUUGGAAAGUAGUAGAACUGACGACUUGACUAGUUUUACAGCUGACGAGAGUGGUAGAACUAUAUCAAAAUUAUUAAAAGAAAGAACUAAAGAUAUGUUUGGCACAAAACGUAAGAAUCGAAAAUCAUCACAAAAAAAGUCCUUGAAAAAUGGCGAACAUGAAAAAAAGUUUAGUGGCGAUGGAUCGUUUGAUUUAUUAAAAACAUCAAUGAAUGAAAGUAUGUUAUCAAAAUCUGUCAAUACAUUUGUCAAAACAUUAGACAAAACUUCUCACGAUUUCAAUGCCGACAAUUCUGAUAUUUUUGAACAUAAAAUGGACACCUCGGUAGCGGUCAACACAGCAAAUUUCUCUCAGAAAAUGUUUCCCUUGUCACAAGAAAUCACAGAACAAAAGCUUACUUAUGUUAAUGAUAACUAUUUCGAUUCGAGUGCUAAAAUCCUAGGUCAUAAAAAGAAAAAAACAAAAUGUAAAUCUAAAAAGCAUAAAUCAAACAAUGGAAAUAAACUUAACGCGCCAGUUUUCGCCAACAUAUCUUUUGGUGAGAAAGCUGUACUGAAUAAUGUUUGUUCUGACAAUGUGAAUAAUCUUGAAAAUGUAAAUGACUCUAAUCACUGCCGAAAUCAAGAAGUAUUUUGCGAGAUCUGCAAUAGACAAUUUCGUCGAAUAAGUUUAAGUAAACACAGGGGCACAAUAACUCACAUUGCGGAAUUGUCAAAGUUGGAUCUUAAAGAGGCAGCCUUACAAAAAAAAUAUAACGAUAUAAAUACAAAUGAAGAAACCGCGAAUAUUGUAUCUGAUUCUAGCAAAGAUACGAUUUUGUUAAAUACAUUAGGAAAGAUGAAUGCAAAAGAACCCGAAGACGCGGCGUUAGACAACGCUGAAGAUUCACCCAUUUUGCCAGAAAUUUUGAUACAGCGUGAAAAUGAAAUACAAUCUGGUACACGUAGAUGUAAAAAUCUUGCCGAACGGAAAAGUUUCGAAUCUGAGAAUUGUUUUUCCAUAGCAAAACACGAAUGCCAUAAUGUGAAAAGUGUUGACUAUUUUGAACCUGAGAUAGUUAAUGGUGCGGCAGGUACUAUCGUAGAAAAACAACUAACGUUACUACAGAAUAUUAUUGAAAACCGCUCCGGUUUAGGUUGUAAAGAAGACCUUUCAGAUUCUUUGUCGUCGACUGCUAAUGAAAUUUCUGCAAAAACUGAUGGUGUACCUGAAAAGAUAAAUUCUGUUUCUAUGUACGCAAAAUCCUGCAGCGAGGAUCUUACUCCAAAACAGAAUAUCCAAGAAUGUUCCCUGGAUGCAUCACAGUUUAAAGAAAUUUCUGAAACCAAUCUAGGAAACUAUGAUGAAGAAGAAUUAAUUAUGACCCUAAGGGGAGAUGAAAAGCUGUUCUUUGAAUGCUGCAGUCUCUUAAAAAAUCGUUCAAAAGUAUCAAGUUAUUCUAAAAAAUCGAACAACUCUUUCAAAGGUUCAGUUAAUUUGAUGCCUAAAACCUGCGGCGAAGGUACGAUUUGCUUAGAAAGCAAUUGUUCAUCUCAGAAAGAAAAUGAGGAUUUUGUAGAGCAUUACUCCGAUAGCUCGAAGAUAACAACCACAUUAGGCGAGAGUUUUACUCAGGAAAAAUCUAAUUCUGGUAUAGUUUCUUUACAGUGGGACAAAAAUAACGCUUAUCCAAUAUCUGAUAAGGAAAUUUGGAAACAAGAUUUGACCCCACAAAAUAAAAAUUUAACAUUUGAAGAAGUUUUUAAUGACAGAACGAACAAAGUUUUGUCAUACAAAGAAAGCAGAAUUGAAGAAUUACAUACUAUUGUUUCUUCGUUUGACCGUGUCCUAACAGAGGUUUUAAAUUCCGAACUGAAUGCAUCGAGUGAAGACAACGUUAAAAAAAGUCUUACGGCAGAUUCAGAAUUUACUUCAGACUUGGAAAGCAAUGUCUACAAGGAUUCUGCAAUUACCGAUGGAAAAAAGGUUUUAACAAAAGGGGCUAUGAAAGUAUUUGAGGGAUUGAAAGUUUCAAUACCAACUGAGGAACUGAAUAUGGAUAAAAUUUUGACCAUCUUACCAGAAAGUAAAACACCAAGUGUCAAUGUCGAUGUUAAAGAUCUAAUAAUAAAUGAGCGCGAGAGCAAAGAGAACACAGCCAAACCUCACCAAUUUAUUAACCGAGUUUCAGGUUUACAAAAUAAUUUAGAAACGAUCUCUAAAGCUCAUGAUGUGUAUGAUUUUGAAGAGACUCAGGAUAAUUCCGACGUAUUUACGAAACCGGAUUUUCGAAGUUUUAGGACUACUUAUGAAAAGUGUAAAAAGUUUGAAAAACUAGAAGGUAGCGACGAUGACAGUCAAGAUUUUACAGAUGCAUUUAGUUUUGAUGCCCUAUCGUCCAGUGCUUCCUCUGUUUCUGAAGUGUUUCCAGUGAAAUCAAGGAGUCAGCAAAAUAUUACAAAGAAAAAAUGUAUGAUAAUGGGACGUAUUUUUAAAAAUGCUGUUAAAAGUAGAAUUGUGGAUGAAGAUAUAAGAAAUAUUCCAAUUAUCGAUAAUACGAAGCUGGUCGAAGAUUUUGUUUUAAGUUGUCAAACAGACAAGAAACCAAGAAUGACAGAAGAAGAAAUGAAUUUAGCAUUUGAUAAAUUGAUCAAUAAUCAAACUUUUUCAUCUAAACAGAGCGCACCUAAAACAUGUUUGUCAUCGCAGUCACAACAUCAAAGGAAUUCAGCUAAACGAAAACAAAAAACUAAAAAUAAAAAAAGAAAUUACUCGGAUUCAAGUGAUGACGAAUUUAGACUGCAAGUGUAUUCAAAGAAACGUAUUAAAAAGAAAAAUAGUAACUCAGAAGAGGGUUGCAUUAAUUUAGAACAAGAGUUACGUGAAUGUAUUGGGGUUGCAAGUCGAAAAAGUCAACGAAAAUGCACGAGUGGUAAACAGAAUAUUCUAAUGGAAUAUUGGAGUUCAGAUGAAUCAUCAUUUGAAAUGUUAAUGGAAAAGCAAAUUGCUAAUUCUUUGCAAAAUCACAGUAAGCAGAAUAACGGGGCCAAGCAAGUCUCAAUCAAAGAUUGGCAUCACAAAGAUGUUGAAACGAAUUUGGAUACUCCAGCUAACAACGAGAACAUUAACCAAACUUUAGAUACACAGUCUUUAUGUAAGAGAACGAAAACUACACCGCCUUCUUGCAGUGUUAGUAGAAGAAAAAGAGCGGCAGCAAAUCCUCUCUAUCAUUGGUCAAGUUCAAGUGAAGAUGAAUCACGUGAUUUAAUUGAAGUUAAACCAGUGAGGGACGAGUUUGAAGAUGAUGAAGAUCGACCGGUGCAGCAUGGUUGGAUAGUUGGUGAUUCUCCUAAGAAGUUAGUGACUAUGUUAGCUCAGGGAAAAGGAAAAAAAUGUGACAUUGACAGUGUUAAGGAACAUAGCAAAAAAAGGACGAGUACAUUUAGUUGAUAAAACAGUUUUAGAUAAGACAGUUAAAUAUAAAGUGCUUUUUAUUGUAAAAGCCAUUAAAUAAAUUUCUUUGCAUUAUGACCAUCUUAAUUUAGACUCAAAUCAGAGUUAUCCAAAGUUUUAGAGAAUUGUAAGUAAUUUGUAUAUAAGUUCGUAGCUGGGAGAAGUUUAAAGUAUUUAAGAAAAGCUUUGUAAAUAGAAAUGUGAAUUAAAUAUCUUCUCUACCUGUAUUACAGAAUUAAUUUUGUAAUGGUAUUAACCAGAAUUCUGUUAGCUUUUAUACAGAUGUAAACAUUUUUUGCACUGCCGUAAAUCUUUAGACAGUUUUUGUUUGUACGUAAAUAUUUUAUAUACUUUAAUUGUGGAAA